AUCUAUCGAAAAUUAAUCUAAGGAUCCUUGCAGCAUAGUUUCGAGUAAAGUGCAAAAAUCAAAACUCAUGGCAUAACAGAGACGGAAAUCAUCAAAAUAUUAAAUUCCACUAAUGUUAGUUAAAGCUCUGAUUACAAAAAUAUUGCAAAACAUCAUUAAUUAAGGUGAAUUCAGUCUGCUGAAAAAGGCAACAGCGACUUUAUUCCUUACCUCAAAAAGUUAAGAGAACUAAAAAAGAAACAAAAAAUUAAACAUUCUUUUAUAAGAAUAAUUAUUUGCAAUUUUAAUGUUGAGAGAGCGAGAGGGAAACAUAAUUCACAUCAUCAUAGCGUAUGAAAGCAAAUCGAUUUAUGUUCUAAUAUGAAUGCAAAAACCCAACAACAUUUACGACAAUUGAUUUGCAAUAAGCAAAAGCAAACUCUCUUAAAAAAAUCGAAAAAUAAAUAAAAUAAUGUCCAAGAACAGGUAUCUAUAAAUAUGCAAUAACGUUUUUGUAAAAAUUCAUUUUACAUAACAAUAUUUGUAAACAAUAAACAGUAGAGCGUAAACUUUUUGGAAAGUCUGGCAUCUUUUCUCGAUUGUGUUAUUUUCAUAGGCAAAUGUAAUGAUAUAAUAAAAAGUCAGUUUUGUGAUCUUUAAAAAGAUUUCUUAAAUUAUUCUUAACAAAAUGCUUUGCCUUCGGCGGAAAGUUAUAAGUGAAAGUAUUCUGCAAUUAGUAAACACCGCCCACUUAAAUAACGCUUCAUUGCAUACGACUCCGACAUGUAAUGAAAUACGUAAAUUGGCUCGCUUGCGUGUUGUCGACAAUAGUGAAAUAGGAAAACGUGCGAUGGCCGAGGGACGUCCACCGCGUUGUAUACAUGUUUAUAAUAAGCGGGGAGUUGGUUACAUAGGUGAUAAAGUAUUGGUAGCCAUAAAGGGUGAAAUGAAGAAAGGUAUCCUAGUCGGCUUAAAACAAAAUCAAAAACCAAAGGUGCCGAAGUUCGAUUCAAACAAUUUAGUAUUGAUUGAUGAUAAUGGUACACCUUUGGGAACACGGGUACAUGUUCCCAUACCCACCAUAUUAAGAACGAUCCUUAAGGAGCGUACCCACGCAAAAGGUGCUGACUACACUAAAUUAUUGGCCAUUGCUGGUCGCUUUAUAUAAAUGCGUUUAAUAGAAAAAGAAAAUGUUAAAAUAAAAAUGUUUUUAAUUAAUAAUAUUUAUAGAGUU